AUGAAGACUGAAGUAAUCACCACCAUGAUCUACAUGGUCUUCCUCGUGCACUUCGCCAUCACCAUCAGCCCUAACACACAGCCCUCGUGGCUCUUCUCUCUCGUGUCUCUCUCCCUUGCCGUGGUGGCGGUUACACUGCCAUUCGUGGUCACCACCACCCUCCAUGCACAUAGGAAUGCCGGCGCUACCGCCACCAUCCCGGGGCCACGAGGGUGGCCGCUGGUAGGCUCCCUGCCAGCUGUGUCCGGCCCACUCAUGCACCGCCGCCUGGCCACGCUGGCCGAUGCGCACGGCGCGCGCCGCCUCAUGUCGCUCACCCUCGGCGCCACCCCCGUGGUGAUCAGCAGCCACCCGGACACGGCACGGGAGAUCUUGUCUGGCGCCGCUUUCGUGGACCGCCCGCCCAAGGGCGUGGCACGAGAGCUCAUGUUCUGUCGUGCCAUUGGCUUCGCCCCCGCGGGCGAGUACUGGCGUCGCCUCCGUCGCAUCGCGGGCACCGGCAUGCUCUCCCCGCACCGCAUGGCCGCGCUCGGGGGCCUCCGCUGCCGCAUCGCCGACGACAUGGUCAGGCGCGUCGCUGACCAGAUGGAGAGGUCCGGGGAGGUGGCCAUGAGAGCCUUGCUCCAGAGGGCCUCCCUAGAGAGCAUGGCGGGCAGCGUGCUGGGCCUCAAGGGUGUCGUUGUUAGUGAGGAGCUGGGUGAGAUGGGGCUGGCAGCUAGGGUUAGAGGGUAUUUUGGGAAGAUCAUUGAGGAGAGGAGGGUGGUAGGGGACUACCACGAGAGGGACGACCUGCUCAGCUACAUGCUUUCGCUGCCAGAGGAGGAGAGGCUAGAGGACUCUGAUGUGAUCGCUGUGCUGUGGGAGAUGAUCUUCCGUGGCGUGGACGUCGUGGCGAUACUCCUGGAGUGGGCCAUGGCCCGCAUGUCGCUCCACUCAGACAUCCAAUCCAAGGCCCAGGAGGAGAUGGACGCAGCGGUGGGCCGCCUCCGUCCCAUCACCGACUCCGACGUCCCGAGCCUGCGCUUCCUCCAGUGGAUCCUCAAGGAGACGCUCCGGAUGCACCCGCCGGGCCCGCUCUCUCCUGGGCGCGCCUGGCGGUGCAGGACGCGCGGGUGGGCAAGCACGUGGUGCCGGCGGGGACGACGGCCAUGGUGA